AUGACGGGAAUUAUCAAGAUGCAAGAGUGGUGGUCUGGAACCAAGUGCGCAAAAGUGACUUUUUCAAAAGUUAGUUUGGAAAACGUUCGCUGCUGUGUCCACUUCUUUAUUUUAUUUUGUAUCUAAUUAUGAUAAACAUAAUGUGGCACAAAAAUGGUCAUGUUUAAUUUUCUAUUUCUUUUUUCAGUUAUUCAGUUUUUUUCCUCGUUCCGUUUUUCUUGGCGUUUUUCUUUGAUAUGCAAACAUUACAAUUUCAACACAGAAAAGAAAAAAGUUAUGUUUUCUGCCUGUUAAAAAAAAACGCUUCCUACAUAUUCUUGCCGCAACUGUGUAAUGUGUUGCACAAUUGAGUGAAAAAUUUGCAGUUGUUCCAAUUCAUUGUCUGAAGAAGGCUAGUUAACAGCAGUCAAAAACUUUUUCGUAAAAAAAAAAAAUGAUCACACUUUACUGCUGGUGAACAAUUCCUUUUUUUUUUUUUUGUAACAUAUGCAUUUUUCCUCGGUAACCUUAAGACAAGUUUAAGUCGGCACCAGUAGUUCUUGUGACAGCUGAACAUCUGAGGACAGGUGUAGAAUACGAUGCAGCUCUGACCUGGACUGAGGACGCGACUAAGGACUCUUUUAAAGUUUGUCUCCGUGAAAUGCAGAACUUUGAUGGAAAGCACGAGGAUAUCACCGUGGUAAGUUCUCUCGUUUUCGAGAAAGUAGUUGGUCGUUGGUCUUUCGGUAUCAAAAGAAAACAGUUAGCACAAAUUGACAAUUAUUUCAAUAGAUCAUUUAACAUAAUAACAGUGAUAUCUACUUGAAUAGACGGAAAUACUCAUGGUUGCUUUCUUAUCCCAUCAGAUGAAACACUUUACCUUUUCCCGUAUUCUACGCUCCUUUACUCAUCUUGCAUUGAAUGUUCUUUCUCAACAUUCAUAUUCAUGUUUCAUAACAGUUUACUUCAGUAUUACAUGAUUAUAACAUUCCGUUGCAGAACUGGAUGGCAUUUACUGACCUUCAUAAGCCGUUCUUCGCCGAACAUGGUUUCAUCAAAUUUCCAAACACAAAUCCUCCAUUAGAUGAAAAUAACAAUGCCUACUGUCAGGUAAGCAGCUUCCAAUGUUACAGUAUAUAGAUGACGGAAACUCUUCGUCAAGCUCUUAUUCAAGCUAUUCGGGCCCUUUAAAAAUGGCUACCGCUUAAUAAGGCUUGUGUGAGAUCAUGACUGUUAAGCUGGGUAGCGGCGUUCAUGAUAACUUUCUGGUAAAAGUGGAGUUCUAGCAAUGAUAAUCGAACCUCAAUACACUUACCAUUACCAAAAUGUAAGACAUCUUUCGAGGUUUCAUACGGGAAAUACAAUUCUUGAUUACUACAGUAAUCUCCCAUAUGUUCUUUGCAAAUUGCCAUCAAAUGCCACUAGAAAUCCUUCGAUCUCUGCUUGAGUAACAAACGAGUCCAAAAAGUGAUCUUUGCAUUCUCCUUCGAAGGUUGUCCUCUCGUAAUAGCCUGUUUUUGGAUCAGUUCCACAUAUUUUGGAGCAGAGAAAUUUUCUCCUAAGACUGCAUACUUUUCCUCUUUUAAGUACGAGUAAGGGAGCCAAACGUUAAGCUUUAAAGUCGGCGAAAAUCUCGCGCAAAUCCGAGUAAAAGAAAAAGAAGGAAAUCUGUCCACCAUUUUGGAAAGAGCAACCACGUUUGCAAUCGGUGCAAAAAUAGACCCAAGAGGGGUAGGAAAGAAGUGGUAAAAUAAUUAAAACUUUUAUAUAAUUUGUUGGGAAGUUAAAACGUAUUUGUAAAAACACUUCGUUCUUAACAUGACAACAAAAAAAAUGUCUAUAUUCAAUAUCGGCUGAAGAAAAUCUAUUUAAUUGGGCAUAGUCGAUUAGGUUCCGUGAACGCUUCCCACUACGGCCCGCCAUUUUGGAUACAUCUGAGCCUGCGCGUGCGAGUUUCCGCUGGAAGGCCUGUCAAAAUAUCGUGGGAGCAAAACUUCACCAGUUGUAGGUAAUGCUGUUCAUGAAGUUACGUCCGUUCUUAUUUCAAAAACAGUUUGUCCUGUUCACCAAAAGCUACAACAGCACACCAUCAGUCCUAGUGACUGCCAAUCACCACACAGACAAUGGAAAUUCAGCCCCAGUUCACAAUGGAAUCACAACAUGGAUUGAGGUUAUCUUCAUCUUUUUUCUCCAUUUUCAAAAUAUCCAAUUCUUAUUUACUUCUGGAGAGGUUAAUGAAACGUGUCUAUCCACAAAUGUUCUUCAUUUGUUGAUUUUCAAUGAAUGAAAUGUUUAUUUCCAGAACAUGAAUUCUACGGGAUUCAGAGCCUGCCUCAAAGAAUUGUAUGAAACCAGAUAUGAACCUGUAUCAUUAAGUUAUGCAGUUCUGACAGGUCAGUUAGAUAGUAAUUAAUUCUUAAACAACGAAGUACUUGAAAUGGUGCAUGGACCCUAUCUCAAGUUUGCUAUUAGAAUUGGAAAAAUCAGUUCUGUUAGUCGUAACACGUAUUCUAGUUCUGCGGAUGUAUAUCGACAAAGUUGAAAUUAUUGGCAUGAUGUUGAGGAGCUGCAUUUCGUUCUCGACCAGUUUUUAUCGAAAUUGUUCACUGAACUGAAUUUUGUAUUGUUGGUAUAAAAAAUAAUUUAUGAUCAUUAGAAUUAAAGAAUGAUGUCUUUCAUACAAAACUGUAUUAGGCUGGGAUCAAGGGUUUCUGAGUCAUGCUGUGACGGAUUGUUGUGCUAGACAUCGCUAAAUCGUGUGUUCCAAAGAUUAUUUCCUUCUAUUAUCUUUAUUCUUGAUCUCCAAGAGACUGUGCUACGAGACCAAUAAGAGCUGUAUAUUUGCCUGAGUGUAGCAGAGUCUGUGAUAAGUACAUUGUCCUCUUCUUGAUAAGCAAGAAGAGGAUGAUGUAUUUUUUAAAGUAUUUUUCUACAGCAACUUCAUCAUGCUCUGAGUUUACUGCAUUGUGGAAGCCUUCUCUCUAUCUACAGUACAACUUUUGCUUCUUACAUAGAUAUAUGCGACCCUGGAUGGAACUACUUCGAUGGUCACUGCUAUUUUACAAGUAAAACCUGCGCAAACUGGACCACAGCCCUAAGGAACUGUCGAAACGAAAACUCAGCUAUCGCUGAUAUUAAAAGCAGCGAAGAAAACGUUUUCAUACAGCAUCGCCAUAAUGGAGAAAAAUCAUGGCUUGGCCUCAAUGACAGAACAUCAGAGGGUAAUUUUACAUGGGCGGAUCGAGGAAGAGGGAAUUUUACAGCCUGGGCUAAGAAUCAGCCAAAUAAUUUUAAAGAAGAAGAUUGUGUGCACGCACUUGGCAUUAAAUAUCGCUACGAAUGGAACGACGUAAAGUGCAGUGACUGUCAUCAGUACACUUGUAAGAAAGGUAAGGUGUUUACGUCGUUAAUCAAGAUUUAUUUGGGAAGGAUAGAGGGAAGUUAAGAGAGAGAGAUGAAACGCAUGUGCUACAAAAAAAAGUUCCUGCGUCACUUUCAAGGUAACUCUCGAACAUUAAACAUUCAUUUCAUACAUUCACUUUCCGCCCUUGCUAGCCUUUCACUGGUUCUUUUUGACCAAUCUUUCCUCGCCUUUCGAUGUCUUUUCUCGCUUUUUGUCAAUCUACGUGGGCGACCUCUUCCCUGGUUUCUUUGCCUUCAUUGCAUUUCUUCACCUUUCCUCGUAUUUUUUUUCGCCUACCCUCGCUUUUGUUUGGCUUCCAUGGCCUUUUUAUUUUGCCCCAAAUUCCUACCCUACCCAGAAUCUAGGUAAAAGUUACUUUUCUUACCCUACUUCAUAGAUUCAGGAUACAGAUAAUAUUUCUUUUUUAAAACUUUUUUUGGUUUGAUGUCUUCAUUUUGUUUGUUUGUUUGUUUUUUUAUUAUUGUAUUGUAAAGGUCAAUAGAUAUAUUUCAAUCUUCAGACUUGGAUGAGUGCAACACAAACCAGGACGCAUGUGACAGUAAAGCAAGUUGCAUUAACACCGUGGGCUCAUACACAUGUCUUUGUGAUAGUUCUUACCAUGGAGAUGGCUUUGAAUGCUGUAAGUACGAUACAUAUAUAAAUGAGAAAGCAUAAAAAAAGCCAUUAGCCAAUCAGCUCUUCCCAAAACUAUCUGUAUUCGUUUUCCAAGUUAUAGCUUUGGUGCAAUGAUGUUUACAAUUAUUACCAUUCAAGUUAACUCGCCAAAAAGGCUAGCCCUCGGACCUAUGAGUUAUGUGAGACCCCAUCUUGGCACAAUUAGAAGAAUAUAUAAAGCGAGGAAGACAGUUUGUAAUCGUUUGAAUAAUAGUGCUCGACAAGUGAGUUUUACAAAAGAGAUACAUGUCAUGGUAACUGGCGCUUCUCAGGAUAUGAUAUCAUUCAAUAUGUUUAUUUCUAAUAGGCCUAAAUCUAUUUUUUUUUGCUUGCCCGUUUGUUUAGCACCAACCCUUGGCUUGUAUUCCAGUGAUCCUGCUCAUUCCUGCAAGGAAAUGCGUGACUUAGGACUUUCUAGGAAAGAUGGAAAAUACUGGAUCGACCCUGAGAAAAACGGAAAUCCUUUAAAGGUUUUUUGCGAUAUGACAACAGACGGAGGUAUGCUGUAGCUCCAGAAACUAGUUUGUGAUAACUAAUUUCUCUCAGGGCUGAGACAAAACAAUCGAACUAACUUAUGCUAUUAUUCAUCUUUUCUCAGUUUCUCCUAUUCUACUAUCCUGGGUUGGCCCCGUAAAGGAGAAAUUAAUAUAGGUUAAUUCGAGACCAUUCCCAACAAGGGUGACGUUAGAAAAUUAUGGUAACAAAUCCCUAGUUCUACAAUUUACCCGAUAUAAUUCACCCGCACCCCUCCCCCCCCUUUUUUUUUACCAAUAAUCUGAUCGAGUUCCCAACAAGAAGGGAAACCCCGAUUUUCAAUCGUUACUUAUUCAUUUACUUCCAACAUAUUUGUUUGUUUAUUUAUUUAUUCAAUCAUUAUAUAAUUUCUAUUCUACUGAUUUAAUUUGUAACUUGGAGUUUUAUCCGACUUUAGGAGGAUGGCUUCUUGUGUCUGAGGUUGUGGUCGGCAGUUCAAACAAACCCUUUCGGUUCUCAGUGGAAUCGUCGUACCUUGGAAUCAGUAAAUCUCAGAUGUUCCUCUCAAGCAGUGCCAUGAAGCAACUAAGACAGCAUUUGUCUUUCACUCAGUUGAGGUUCUACUGCAGAAAGCAGAGAACGUUCCACGUCAUGACGGCAAAGAACAGCGCUGGUGAAGCAGCUGUCCAGUUUUUCAGUUACCAAACGAAUGUAAUGCCUCUCUCCUGUGGCUCGUAUGUGAAAAUGGCUGAUGAUAAUUCUUAUUUAGCAGGACAAUGCAGUAGAUGGGGAUAUGACAGUGUGUAUUUUGUAGGCAAAUGGGGUCACUUGGGCGUGGGUAAUACAGCAAGGCUCUUUAAUCACCCUACUUUUGUGGGGUAUGCGUAUCACUUUUUGUUAGAUGGCCAUAGGUGGGAAUGCGAUGACUACAGUGGUGGAGUUUCCUCUGGAGACUCAUGGAAAGUCUUUGUUCGUUAG